CCGAUCAGCUGGCGUCAUGGUGGCGCCUGUGCUUGAGGUUUCUCACGUGUUCUGCUGUCCGAACCGGGUUCGGGGAGCUCUGAGCUGGAGUCCUGGGCACGGAGGACUUCUGGCCUUUGGCACAUCCUGCUCCGUGGUUCUCUAUGAUCCUCAGAAAAGGGUGGUUGUUACCAACCUGAAUGGACAUACUGCUCGAGUCAAUUGCAUACACUGGAUUUGUAAACAGGAUGGCUCUCCUUCUACUGAGUUAGUUUCUGGAGGAUCUGACAAUCAAGUAAUUCACUGGGAAAUAGAGAAUAAUCAGCUUUUAAAAACAGUCUCUCUGCAAGGCCAUGAAGGACCUGUUUAUGCAGUGCAUGCUGUUUACCACAGGGGAGCACCAGCUACUGCGCAGACACUGAUAGCUUCUGCAGCUGCAGAUUCUACUGUCAGACUCUGGUCUAAAAACGGUUCAGAAGUAACAUGCAUUCAGACCUUGAACUUUGGAAAUGGAUUCACUCUAGCUGUUUGUUUAUCUUUUUUGCCUAACACUGAUGUACCAGUAUUAGCAUGUGGUGAUGAUGACUGCAGAAUUCACUUAUUUAUUCAACAAGAUGAUCAGUUUCAGAAAGUUCUUUUUCUCUGUGGACAUGAGGAUUGGAUAAGAGGCGUGGAAUGGGCAGCCAUUGGUAGAGAUCUUUUCCUAGCAAGUUGUUCACAAGAUUGCCUGAUAAGAAUAUGGAAACUGUACAUAAAAUCAGCAUCUUCCGAAACUCAGGAUGAUCAUAUAAGACUGAAGGAAAAUACUUUUGACAUUCAAAAUGAAAGUAUUAAAAUCACAUUUGCCAUUACCUUGGAGACUGUGCUGGCUGGUCAUGAAAACUGGGUAAAUGCAGUUCAUUGGCAGCCCUCAUUCUACAGAGAUGGUGUUCUCCAGCAGCCAAUGAGAUUGUUAUCUGCCUCAAUGGAUAAAACCAUGAUUCUCUGGGCUCCAGAUGAAGAGUCAGGAGUUUGGUUAGAACAGGUUCGAGUAGGUGAAGUGGGUGGAAAUACUCUGGGAUUUUACGAUUGCCAGUUCAAUGAAGAUGGCUCCAUGAUCAUUGCUCACGCUUUCCACGGAGCAUUGCACCUUUGGAAGCAGGACGCAGUUAACAUGAAAGAGUGGACUCCAGAGAUUGUCAUUUCAGGACACUUUGAUGGUGUCCAAGACCUAAUGUGGGAUCCAGAAGGAGAAUUCAUUAUCACUGUUGGUAGUGAUCAGACAACUCGCCUUUUUGCUCCAUGGAAGAGAAAAGAUGAAUCACAGGUAACUUGGCAUGAAAUUGCAAGGCCUCAGAUACAUGGCUAUGACCUGAAGUGUUUGACAAUGAUUAGUCGGUUUCAGUUUGUAUCUGGAGCAGAUGAAAAAGUUCUUCGAGUUUUCUCUGCACCUCGGAAUUUUGUGGAAAAUUUUUGUGCCAUUUCAGGGCAAUCACUGAAUCAUGUGCUUUGUGGUCAAGGCAGUGAUCUUCCAGAAGGAGCUACUGUCCCUGCGUUGGGACUAUCAAAUAAAGCUGUCUUUCAGGGAGAUAUAGCUUCUCAGCUUUCUGAUGAAGAGGAGCUGCUGACUCCUACUGGUUUUGAGUAUCACCAGGUGGCCUUUCAACCGUCCCUACUUACUGAACCUCCCACUGAGGAUCAUCUUCUGCAGAACACUUUGUGGCCUGAAGUUCAAAAACUAUAUGGACAUGGUUAUGAAAUAUUUUGUGUUACUUGUAACAAUUCAAAGACUCUGCUUGCUUCAGCUUGCAAGGCAGCUAAGAAAGAGCAUGCAGCUAUCAUUCUUUGGAAUACUACAUCUUGGAAACAGGUGCAGAAUUUAGUUUUCCACAGUCUGACUGUCACGCAGAUGGCCUUCUCACCUAAUGACAAGUUCUUACUAGCUGUUUCCAGAGAUCGAACCUGGUCAUUGUGGAAAAGGCAGGAUACAAUCUCACCUGAAUUUGAUCCAAUUUUCAGUCUCUUUGCCUUCACUAACAAAAUCACUUCUGUGCAUAGUAGAAUUAUUUGGUCUUGUGAUUGGAGUCCUGAUAGCAAGUAUUUCUUCACUGGAAGUCGAGACAAAAAGGUGGUUGUCUGGGGUGAGUGUGACUCCAGCGAUGACUGCAUCGAACACAGCAUUGGUCCCUGCUCCUCAGUCCUGGAUGUGGGUGGGGCCGUGACAGCUGUCAGUGUCUGCCCAGUGCUUAACUCUUCCCAACGAUAUGUGGUUGCAGUUGGAUUAGAGUGUGGAAAGAUUUGCUUAUAUACCUGGAAAAAGACUGAUCAAGUGCCAGAAAUAAAUGACUGGAACCGCUGUGUAGAAACAAGCUCAAGCCAAAGUCAUACACUUGCUAUCAAAAAAUUGUGCUGGAAGAAUUGUAACGGAAAAGCUGAACAGAGUGAAGAAGGUGCUGAAUGUCUACACUUUGCAAGUUGUGGUGAAGAUCACACUGUGAAGAUAUACAGAGUUAAUAGAUGUGCACUGUAAUGGACUUAGUAACUGCACGCCUACAGUCAUGGGUGUCUUAAAAUGCUUAUGUGAAGGAACUACCUUCUUCACUUUCACAGUGAAUUUAGUCUCAUCUUUAAGUCAGAUUGCAGUGGUCCGUAUUUUGUUCCUAGGCCCUUUGAAACCCUAUGAAUGCUCGAGUCUUUUCCUUGUUAUAUAAUUUAUGCACAUAUACCCAGAAUCUUGCUCAUCCUUUCAGAGAUUCUUAGAUUUGCCUCUCUGUGUUCCAGAAUAAGAGCCUGUGUUCCUUCUUCGUGACCAGUUUGCUUGAUUUUGUGUUGUUUUGGACCUUUUCAUUUGCCCUCUUACUCUGUUUUGUGUUACUAUAACAGAAUGCCUGAGGCUGAGUAUUUUGAAGAAAAUAAGUUUAUUAAGCUCAUACUUCAGGGGAUGGGGGGUUUGUCUUGAUUUCAAGAGUAUGGCCCUGGCAUCUGCUUGGCUCUGUGAGGGCCUCAUGGCAAAUGAAGUGUCAGUGGUGGGAGCAUAUAUGAAAGAGGAAGGUCACAUGGUGAGAUUGGAAGUAAGAGAGAUUCAGGGAAGGUGCCGUAUUCACUUACAACAGCCUGCUCUUGUGAGAGUGUGCUUCAUUAGAAUAGCAGUAUUCCCCCAAUGAAGGCUUGGUUCACCUCCCGCUAGUUCCCACUUCCUAAAAAUAUCACUCACUACCUUUCAGCAUCACCACACUGGGGACCAAGCGUCCAACACAUUGAACCUUGGAAGGACGCACUCAAACUAUCUCCAAACCAUAGAAUUCUCUUUGAGACUUUUCAUUAUUUAUUACCCUCUUCAGAUGGUGAAUAUAGAAAAUAAAGAUAGGAAACCCAGAUUAUUCUAUUUUUAUUUUAGCAUUCUUUGUAAACAUACCACACCCAGUAUGCUAACUAUCUAGGAUCCUACUUUCCAGAGUAUGCCAAUUAUUCUAGAAAUUUGACCUUAGUUUGAAGUACAGCCAAUCCUUUAUUCUAUAAAGGCAUAUAUAUUCUUCUGGAGGUUUACUUAAAGUACAGUAACCUUAAACUUAAAAUGAUAGAUUUGGAUGCUGAAUAAGUUCUGAAACAUCUGAAUUUAUGUGACAGUUGAAGUCACGAGUGCAGGGUGUGUGUCCCCCUGGGAGAUUGCAGAGGGAUGGACAGGGUGCUGUAAACACCUGUUUAUAUUGGGAGUGCCGGCUGAGGGUCAGCUGCAGUUCAGGGAAGAUGUAAGAGAAUGCUGUGAGAGCAGCAUUUUCCCAGCCCAGUAGACACAGACACAUCUGGCAAAUUGAAUAUGCUGCAAGAAGGAAGGUACAAGUUUUCUUGGUGGGAGUUUAUACCCUUGUUUAGCAUAUUUUGCUUCCAAAGGAAUUUAGUCAUGCUUUCUAGAUGAAUAGACCAGUGCUAUACAAUAUUUCUAAUAUAACAGUGUGAGGUACAUAAAAAUUUAAAUUUUUAGUAGCCAAAUAAUAAAA